UCCCCCUGGUCCUCUGUCUGAGAGGUGGCAUGCAGAUUUUCGUGAAGACCCUGACCGGCAAGACCAUCACCUUGGAGGUGGAGCCCAGUGACACCAUUGAGAAUGUUAAGGCCAAGAUACAAGAUAAAGAAGGUAUCCCUCCUGACCAGCAGAGGCCCAUCUUUGCAGGCAAGCAGCUUGAAGAUGGUCGUACUCUUUCUGACUACAAUAUCCAGAAAGCGUCAACCCUGCACCUGCUCCUCUGUCUGAGGGGCGGCUGUUAAUUCUUCAGUCUUACAUUCACAGUGCCCAAUGAUGGCAUUGCUCUGCACUAUACCAUUUGCCCCAAUUUAAGUUUAGAAAUUACCAGUUUCAGUAAUAGCUGAACCUGUUCAAAAUGUUAAUAAAGGUUUUGCUGCAUGGUA